AUGGUCUUCAAUUUGCUAUUCAUUACAACUGUGAUAAAAUCCACAUUUGGAGUGGUCACCACAGGCCUAUGGCUCAUACCUCUCCUGCUGGCCACCAUUACCUAUUAUCGCUAUGACCAGGUGGAUCCAGAGUCAAGGGUAUUCGAUCAACCCACUUUGUAUACAGAAUAUGACUUCAUUGUGGUGGGAGCUGGCUCAGCAGGGGCAGUGGUAGCCAAUCGCCUAAGUGAGGUACGCAAAUGGAAUGUCCUACUGCUCGAGGCGGGUCCAGAUGAAAAUGAAAUUUCCGAUGUCCCCUCGCUGGCGGCCUAUUUACAGCUAAGUAAAUUGGAUUGGCAAUACAAAACCGAGUCAUCGAAUAAAUCAUGUUUGGGCAUGAAAAAUAAUCGCUGCAACUGGCCGAGGGGUAAGGUGUUGGGCGGCUCGAGUGUUCUGAAUUAUAUGCUCUAUGUGCGGGGCAAUCGCCAUGACUACGAUCACUGGGAGGCACUGGGCAAUGAGGGUUGGGGUUAUGACAGUGUGCUGCACUACUUCAAGAAAUCGGAGGAUAAUCGUAACCCCUAUUUGAGUAAUAAUCCCUAUCAUGGCAAGGGAGGCUAUUUGACGGUACAAGAAUCGCCUUGGCACACUCCCCUGGUGGCGGCCUUUGUGGAGGCUGGCACGGAAAUUGGUUAUGAAAAUCGGGAUAUUAAUGGGGAGAUACAAACAGGGUUUAUGAUGGCCCAGGGUACCCUGCGCCGGGGAUCACGCUGCAGCACGGCCAAGGCUUUUUUGAGACCCAUAAAAUAUAGGAAAAAUUUCCACAUGUCCUUGAAUUCGCAGGCCACGAAAUUGCUGAUCGAUGAGCAGACGAUGAGGGUAAAGGGGGUGGAGUUUGUGAAAAAUGGCCAGGUGAAGAGGGUCUAUGCCAAAAGGGAGGUAGUGCUCUCGGCGGGGGCCAUAAAUACCCCCCAGCUCAUGAUGUUGUCGGGCAUUGGCCCCCGACAGCAUUUGGAGGAUUUGGGUAUUAAGGUUUUGCAGGAUCUGCCGGUGGGUGAAAAUAUGCAGGAUCAUGUGGGCAUGGGAGGCUUGACCUUUUUGGUCGACAAACCGGUGUCCAUUGUCCAGGAUCGUUUUAAUCCCACGGGCAUAACCAUGCAAUAUGUGUUGAGGGAAAGGGGUCCCAUGACCACCUUGGGCGGGGUGGAGGGUUUGGCCUUUGUCCAUACGCCUUAUUCCAAUAGAUCGCUGGAUUGGCCGGAUAUACAGUUCCACAUGGCCCCGGCUAGUAUAAAUUCGGAUAAUGGAGCCAGGGUCAAGAAGGUAAUGGGUCUGAAGGAGUCCCUGUAUCAGGAGGUCUAUCAGCCAAUUGCCAACAAGGAUGCCUGGAGUAUUAUACCCCUACUGCUGAGACCCAGAUCAAGGGGUUGGGUACGACUACGUUCAGCCAACCCCUUUGCCUAUCCCCUGAUUACCUCGAAUUAUUUUGAUGAUCCCUUGGAUGUCAAGGUUUUGGUAGAGGGCGCCAAGAUUGCCCUGCGAGUGGCUGAAGCCAAGGUGUUCAAACAAUUCGGCUCGAGGCUGUGGACCAAACCUCUGCCGAAUUGUAAGCAACAUAAAUUUAUGUCGGAUGCCUACAUUGAGUGUCACAUUAGGACCAUUUCAAUGACAAUUUAUCAUCCAUGUGGUACGGCCAAAAUGGGACCAGCCUGGGAUCAGGAGGCCGUGGUGGAUCCCCGAUUGAGGGUAUAUGGUGUAAGAGGCCUUAGGGUUAUUGAUGCCAGCAUUAUGCCCACCAUUAGCAGUGGUAAUACCAAUGCCCCUGUCAUUAUGAUUGGGGAAAAGGGGGCAGAUUUGAUCAAAGAGGAUUGGUUCCACAAUCCGGAGUAUAAGAAUACAGUUAAGAGUUAGCGGGGUUGGAAGAGAGGAGAGAGAAAAUUUUUUGAGUACCUCCCAAAA